AUGCUCUCUUUAAAAUCCUCUUUAAGAGGCCUGUUGGAUAUUUCGUCCCCCGCUGCUUUCGUUGCUUUCGCUGCUCAUCGAUCUGUCUCUUCUACCACCAAACCCUCCAAGAUCACUGUACUAGGAGAAACCUUUAAAACAGACAAUUGGACUAAUGCUACGCCUCAAAUUCUUAAUUUAGUGGGCCGAGACCUUUACAAGAAUCCUGAUCAUCCCGUUGGGAUCCUCAAGAAUCUCGUCGAGAAACGGUUUCAAGGCCUAGAUUACACCUUCUACGAUGACUUUAAGCCGGUGGUGUCCACCUAUGAAAAUUUCGACGUUUUAGGAUUCCCCCAAGAUCAUCCGGGUCGAUCUGUUCAUGAUUCUUAUUAUUUAGAUUCGAAACAUUUACUCAGAACUCAUACUUCUGCUCAUGAGCAUCAAUGUUUCCAAAGAUGCCAUACACCAGGUUACUUCAUCACUGGUGAUGUGUAUAGACGUGACGAAAUCGACCGUACACAUUAUCCUGUCUUCCACCAGAUGGAAGGUGCUCGUCAUUGGUCGCGCAAAGAUUUUAUUACUGGGGAAGAAUUGCUGGCCCAGAUACAAUCUGAUAUAGAUGCUAUCCCUAAAACAUCCCAGAAAGAUCUGAUUGUCAAAGAUGUUAGCUACGAUGCCGUGAAGAAUCCCAAGCAAAAGUACAUGACAAUGAAGGAAACAGAUUUAAUUGGCCAACAUUUGAAAAGAACUAUCGAAUUGGUUGUCAGCGAAGUAUUCAAUGCUGCUAAAAUUGCUGCAAAGAAGGCCGGAUCCACGGAACAAUACUUGAAUGAACCUUUAAAAAUUCGGUGGGUCGAAGCUUAUUUCCCUUGGACUUCACCAUCGUGGGAAAUCGAGGUUUGGUGGAAAGGAGAGUGGCUAGAAUGCUGUGGGUGUGGUGUAGUUAGAGAGGAGGUGUUUCAAAAUUCAGGGAAGGGUAGCGAUACAGUUGGCUGGGCCUUUGGAAUAGGCUUGGAUAGAAUUGCCAUGCUUUUAUUUGAUAUUCCAGAUAUCCGUUUAUUCUGGACCUUAGAUUCACGAUUUAAAAAUCAGUUCCACGAGGGACAAAUCUCAUUAUUCACACCUUAUUCUAAGUAUCCUGGAACUAUUAGAGAUAUUUCGUUCUGGUUACCGGGAAAGGGAGAUGAAGAAUUGCAUACUAACGAUCUUAUGGAAAUAGUUAGAGCCAAUGCUGGUGAUAUUGCAGAGAGUGUUAAGCUCAUAGACGAGUUUGUUCAUCCAAAAACAGGUAACAAAUCUCAAUGUUACCGUGUAAAUUACCAGUCCAUGGAUAGAACGGUCACCAACGACGAGGUUAAUAGAUUACAUGAGAAAACCAGACGGGAUUUGGUUGAUAAAUUUGGAAUUAAGCUACGUUGA